AAGACAAGGACGAAAUAAUAAAAAACUCGAUUAAUUUUAUUUGGAAAGCAACAAGUGGAAAAGCUGCCACUGUAAUCUUUAAUAAUAAUUCCUUACUCACAGCUACCCUUACUCUCAACGACGGAACGCCCAGUAUAAUAAACUUGGACGCACCAAGUUGUGUAAUCAUUAAUAGAGAAAAUUUUCUAAAGAUCGUAAAUCUUGCCGAUGUAAAUGAAAUAACAAUUGAUGAUGAAGACCACGAA